ACAGCAAUUGUGCGCAUGCGUAGUAGUGUGCUGUUGAACUGCCUGUUUACAGUCGGCGAAUGGUUAAAAUAAUAACACUACGAUACGGACCCAUGGGUUAAGAUGAUCAGAAAGACAGGUGGAGACAGCCUGAAUUUGGAACAUGAAUCAGCGGUGUCGGUGACGCGGUCUCCGAGGUUAAGGCAACUUUGAUCGGCAGGAAUCUUUUGAGACCGUUUGGAACGUUUUCAUACGGUAGAAACAUUGUUUUUGUUUUUCCAUGCGUGCCUGUAAUCAACGGCUUGUCCUUUAUCUGUCAUUUAAUAUCUCGUUUUAGUCUAAAACUCAUCAUUAAUCCCCCUACGGUGACCGGAGGAUGGGCUGGCCACAACGGGCGACAGGAAACGGCUUUGGAUCAGUUCGAUUAUCGAUCAUUAAUUGCUGGUGGUGUCACACGCCUCACCCAUCGCAGCCAUGGCUACGGCGAGGGUAGAGCAACCAGCACGGAGCCCCGGGGCGGAGCGAGCAACCCCGGGGGCACUAGCCCAGGAUGGGGCCCGCGGCUGGGUGAUGGUCGGGGCCUUGUUCGUGUGCUCCACGCUGGUGUUCGGGCUGAUCCGGAGCCUGGGGGCGUUCUUCGUGGAGUUUGUGCAGUACUUCCAGGAGAGUGCCCAGGCCAUCUCGUGGAUCACCUCCAUCGGCGUGGCAACACAGCAGCUCUGCAGUCCGCUGGGGACGGCGCUGUGCAACGCGUACGACGCCCAGCGCGUGGUGAUGGCGGGGGGCGUCCUGGCCAGCCUGGGCCUCAUCCUGGCCUCGCAGGCCCGCUCGCUGCCCCACCUCUACCUCACCAUGGGCCUCACCUCAGGCCUGGGCUGGUCCCUGGUCUUCACCCCCAUGGUGGCCACGGUCAUGGCCCACUUCACGCGGCGCCGCACCCUGGCCCUGGGCGUGGGCUUCACGGGCGUGGGCGUCUCCUCCUUCGUGUUCGCCCCGCUCUUCCAGUACAUGCUGGACAACUUCGGCUGGCGGGGUUCGCUGCUCAUCCUGGGGGGGCUCAGCCUGAACAUCGUGCCCUGCGGAGCACUCAUCCGCCCCACACGCAAGAAGGCCCCCCCGCCCCCCAAGGCUGGGGGCAAGGCGGACAACGGCGGCGGCGGCGGUGGCGCCUCGGCGUUCCGGAGCCUCCUGCGGCGGGUGUACCGCUACCUUGAGCUGUCGCUGCUGGCGCACGGGCCCUUCCUCACCUACACGCUGGCCAUCACCUUCUUCAACGCGGGCUACUUCGUGCCCUACGUCCACCUGGUGGCGCACAGCCGGCAGGCGGGCUACUCGGAGUACCGCGCCGCCUUCGUCAUGUCGGCCACGGGCGCCGCCGACAUCGUGGGCCGGGUGGCGGCGGGCUGGCUGACGGACCUGGGCCGCGCCCGCCUCGUCCACAUGCUGACGGGCUGGACGGGGCUCACGGGCGUGUUCAUCGUGCUCAUGCCCCUGGCGUCGGUGGCGGGCUCCUACGGCCUGCUGCUGGGCUUCGGGCUGGGCUACGGCUUCUGCGCCGGCGCCCUGACCUCGCUGGUGUUCGCCGGCGUGCCCGAGAUCGUGGGCAUGGGCCGGAUGGUGGGAGCCCUGGGGCUGCUGUCCAUGCUGGAGAGCGUGGGGGGGCUGCUGGGCCCGCCGCUGUCAGGUUAUCUCCGGGACCGGACAGGAAGUUACAUCACCUCCCUGGUGGCGGCGGGCUGCUGCUUUCUCCUGGGCUCCCUGAUCCUAACCACCCUACCUCACUACUUCUCUUGGACCGGCCCGCCGCCCCCGCGACCGCCGGACGGCGACGGCCAGGAGGAGCGCCAGGACGCCGGGGCCGGCCUGCUGGGCAGCCCCGCGUCGGGCAGCACCAACGGGACGGCCAGCAAGGACUCGGACCACAGCCAGACCUGCCUGGCCUGAGGGUCGUGGCAGCACCAACGGGACGGCCAGCAAGGACUCGGACCACAGCCAGACCUGCCUGGCCUGAGGGUCGCGGCAGCACCAACGGGACGGCCAGCAAGGACUGGGACCACAGCCGGGCCAAUGACUCAAACAGACGGCGGUCGCGUCAAGCGAAAGAAAAAUAAUAACUGAAGGGGAGUAAACGCAGAGUGCAUAUCCAAUGUCGUCAGGCGACCAAUCAAAACAGUCUCGUCGGCAUCAAUACACUUCUGCUGCAGUCGAUCGUUAUCUUAUAAACAUGGUCCUUUCCUGUCAUAUUCAGCGCACAACGAGCCAGUCCCCGUGUCUCUGUCUGAUUGUGUCCUAUAACCCCACGACGCGGACGGUGACCGGCAGCCAAAACUUAAUGAAGUGUGUGUGUGUGUGUGUGUGUGUGUGUGUGUGUGUGUGUGUGUGUGUGUGUGUGUGUGUGUGUGUGUGUGUGUGUGUGUGUGUGUGUGUGUGUGUGUGUGUGUGUGUGUGUGUGAGAGAGAGAUCUCAGGGUUGUUUUCCAGUAACUAGCCAUCGGCUGAACAUAUUGAAUGAAGACACUUGGGUGGCGCUCUGCUUCUGUGACUAAUAGCUUUUUACUGCAUCAAGGAAGCGUUUUUUUACAUCCACAGUUUGUUGUAAAGGUUUUGAGUAAAGCAAGAAGAAAUCCAAUUCACACACAAAACAUUCAUAUUUUCUUAGUGGAUUACAAAAUUCACAACUUCACUCCUCUACUGUUUGAGUACCUGUUGACAGGAGCACUGUGCAAUCAAUCUGUAUGCUAUAGGAAUUUUCUACAGCAAAUAAAGUAUGCUCGUUUCACACCGAUGUGCAACACGAAGAUGACUCUGCUAGUACAUUCCAGGAAUCACCUUUACGUUUUACACAGUACGUUUUUCGUAUUUUUGUAAAGGAAAUUAAUUUCUAUAGCUCCAAAUCAUACAUGACGUUUAAUGGUGCGUCGCCAUGGCAGCUAAACACGGGUCACAACGUCCUUGUGCAACAUUUUCAUGUUGACAUAUACAUGUUGACAUAUUAACUCUGUCAGCAUUCAUCAACCAACACUCUGUCUUACUCCGGCCAAACCUGGGGACCAUUGACUCCAGGUUUAGCAUUUCUUUGGUGUGUGUGGUAAAACCAAGAUAAGCUGCUCUGUGCUGCUGCUUUCUGUUGAUUAGUGGUAAUGAGGUUUGAAGGUUUUUAGUUGGAAUGCGUUAUGGCAAAUGUUUUGUCCCCUAACCCUUUGGAUGUGUGUAAUAAUUGAACUGCCUUAUACCCAAUGCAUUGAACUAUUAUAGUUAUAGGUAGGUAAAGGAAGCACUUGUGAAUCAAACAAGGCCUCGAUUAAUCAGCUGUUUUAUAAAAUCAACAGCCAUAAAGUAUAGACCACAUUGGUUGUUAUAAAAAAAAAAAUAAUUAACGCAAGUUGAAGAAUGUUUGUUCUCUUGAAACUGAAACUCGUUUAUACAAUUUUUUUAGGAUGAAACUCAUGUUUUGCCUCAGGGAGUGUGUUGUUGCCGUCACGGUGUUUCGGGUUCGAUCCCCAGGGUCCGAAGCCUACUUUCACGUACCCUUAAACAAGAUACCCAAAGUCGCCCCAAAAACUUAACAAAUGUGGAUGUCUUGACUUAAAGAAGCAUAAGCUGUAAUAACUGCACAUAGCCACAAGAUGCUAGCACCAUCACACAUGAUGAAAACGGGAGGCGUGCUCUCAAAACCAUAGCCAAUCAGAGCACGUACUACGUCAUAUAGGCCACGCCUACUCCUCAUCUAAACAGCCCGAAAGCGG